AUGUCUGCAGAAUCAAGUAUUAAAUUAAAUUCGACUCAGUGGGAUACGAUUGGUGUUUGUUUAGCUCUGAUAUUCAUCAUAGGAUUAGUAUUAAUACUUCUGCCCUAUUUUUUAUAUCGGAGGAAAUGGUUACCUAUCCGAAAACUGGUGUACUACUUUCAGCAAUAUGAAGAUGACGACGGUAAAGAAUACGAUGCCUUCAUUUCCUACAAGUCGAGUAAAAAUGACGAGAAUUUUGUCGUUCACAAGUUGUAUCCCAAACUAGAGAAAGAACUUGGCUUCAAACUAUGCCUUCAUUUUAGAGAUUUCUUGCCAGGAGAAGCCAUCGCCAACAGUAUCAUACAAGCUAUCGAGAACAGUAGACGAACAAUCAUGAUCUUAACACCUAACUAUGUUAACAGUGAAUGGUGCCGGCUAGAAUACCAAAAAGCGCAACACGAGAUGCUCAAACUAAAACACAAAAUAGUACCCAUAAUAUUAGAAGACCUUUCAGGAAUAAAUUCGAUGGAUAAAAAUCUAAAAUCUAUCCUAGAUACCGUAACCUAUAUAGAAUAUCCGUCAGAAGAUGACAAUAAAAAAUAUGAUAAAUUUUGGAAAAUGCUUGGAUUAUCUAUGCCUAAGAAGAAAGGGGAGAUAGCAAUGGGAAGGACUCCCAGUGAAGUGCCUCUGACGUCAGUUCCUUCGCUGACUUUAUCGGACUCACUUUCUGAUGACGUUUUCAACGAAAACGUAUUCGAGCGUUCUGUUAGUAUUCCAAUAGACACAGUUAGUGAAAAUGUACAUUUUUUGCCAAAUGAUUGUGAAAUAAGUUUGGAUAGCGAAAGAAAAAUACAGAAUAGAGACGAAGAUGUGCAAAAAGAAACUGACGAAACCAAUGAAUUAGUUUCUACAAAACUUUCUAUUAUACCGUUAAAUAAUUUUAAUAAUGAACCUAUUCUUGUUUGACAAUGGACAUUUCAUCAAGGGCAACGGACACUGCUUCAUGGUGCCAAUAUGUUAUAGAAACAGAUCCCAAUUAAUUCGAACAUGAGGACCCAAACGCGGUCUGCCUGAUGGUGGAUGGCUGACGAUUCACAAAGGACUAGAAUACAGUACGUGUGACUAGAAUCAAUUGUGUGAGACAUCGUGCGAGUUACAAAGGAUCAGAAGUAACUUUGUGAGACAUUGGAUAAGUCGCAAAGGGCUAGAAUUAACCUUGUGAGACAUUGGACAACUCAACAAGGACUAGAACAUAGCCUGUGUGAUGGUGGAUUGUUGACAAUUCACAAACUAUUAGAACCAAUUUCGUGUGAUGUUUGGAUUAUGUUUGUGCGAUAAUAAUAAAUGUAACCAAAAAGCAUUGAACGAAUUAGGUGAUUAUAGUGACAAGGCUUGAAGUCUCUCAUGAACUUGUACUUGACAUUUGGUUUUUGUGUGCGACAAGUAUUAUAAAUAUCAAAAACAACACAGAAGAAAAGACCAAUCUGUACUUGUCAGAAUGAGAGGUAACAGAAAUAUUGGUACUUGUCUGAAUUUGUGCCUUAUUUAGGGCUUGUAAGUGGUAGCUAUAAUAUAAUAUGAAAUAAGAUAUAAUUUUGUGAAUUAUAUAUAAAUAAAUCAAAGUCUGUAUAUAUGUCUGACAAUAUCUGUGACACGUGCCUUAUCAUACUAAACUUAAGCUGUCUGUUUGCAACUAGCUCCGCCUGAGAUCAGACACUAAGCUAGUUGAACGACAUUUUAAAUCCUAAAUCGACGAUUUUAGUCGAAAGCACUAUAUGUAUACUUCGAGAAUUGUGAGAAGUACUUAUUCCGUAUCAAUUCAAUAAAAUUGAACAGGUUUAUUUGUUCUUUGUGUGUAUGGCAGAUCCGAAACGGAGUAGAACAGCAUUACACAAUAGUAUACUAAUUUUUUAAU